AUGAGAGUGUACAUUUUUCUCUGCUUGAUGUGCUGGGCAAGAUCAGAGACUACAAGAACAUGUCUUGAAUUCACUCAGUUAAGUGUCAAGGAUUCCCUCAGAGAGUUGUUUAAUCCCAGAAUGGAUGUAAUUUUAAUGCUGCAUACAAGAAACAAUCUAAACUGUGCCCAGCCACUAUUUGAACAUGAUAACUCACUGAACGUUCUUUUCAACACGGGAAAGAAAACAAUCUGGCUUAUCCAUGGGUACAGACCAACAGGCUCGGCUCCAUCAUGGAUUCCAAACUUCCUCAUGCUUUUGCUGAAUGAGGAAGAUGUGAAUGUAAUUGUAGUAGACUGGAACCAGGGUGCAUCGACUUUGAUAUAUAAUAGAGCAGUUACAAAUACCAGAAAAGUUGCUAUAAAUUUGAGUGGCCACAUUCGCAAACUUUUGAAGCAUGGAGGGUCUCUUCACACUUUUCAUUUCAUAGGCGUGAGUUUAGGUGCUCAUAUCAGUGGAUUUGUUGGGAAGAUAUUUCGAGGUCAACUUGGACGAAUAACAGGUCUAGACCCCGCCGGACCUAAAUUCUCUGGCAAACCAUCCUAUGGUAGAUUGCAUUACACUGAUGCAGAGUUUGUGGAUGUCAUCCAUUCUGAUUACGAUGGUUUGGGCUUUAAAGAGCCUUUGGGACAUAUAGAUUUUUAUCCUAAUGGAGGGAGAAAACAACCUGGCUGUCCUAAGUCAAUUUUUUCAGGGAUUGAAUUUUUUAAAUGUGACCAUCAGAGAGCAGUUUACUUGUUCAUGGCAUCUUUGGAAACACAAUGCAAUUUCAUUUCGGUUCCUUGUCCUUCAUACAAAAAAUACAAGACUGGGUUAUGUGUGAACUGUGAUGACUUUAAGAAACUGUCUUGCCCUAGACUAGGUUAUCAUGCUGAUCGGUGGAAAGAUAUAUUAAAAGAAAGAAUGAAAAGACAAUCUCGUAGGACCACUGUGUUUCUGGAUACUGCUGACACAAAUCCAUUCUGCACCUACUAUUUCAGUCUCAACAUACUUGUUCUGAAUAAAGAAAUGAAACAGGGCUAUAUUACAUUUAAACUAUUAAAUGAGCUUGGGAUGGCUGAAGAACCAAGGCUUUAUGAGAAGAGUGAAUCAUUUUAUAAAGUUGAAGAAGUUAAUAUCCUUGCUCAAUUUUAUAACGAUGUUGCAAAUAUUUCAAGCAUUAGUUUGACAUAUUUCCGGAGCUCAAGCUUGAAAUGUCCCACAUGUGAAUAUAAGAUUCAGCGUAUCAUGUUAAAAUCACUUACAUAUCCAGAAAGGAGAUUUGUAAAGAGAAGAAAAUCUGGAAGGUUAACAGCUGGUUGUGCAGAUGGUGUUGAUGAAUUGAAUUUGGAUUUCAGUAUCAUGGCUUAA